AUGUCGACGGGGCUUUCUGGGUUGUCUAGAGCGUCUGGGUCUCCGGAGAACCUAUCGACGCCCGGUUUCAAAGCAGCCUUGAAGACGGAGUCGGACACCAACACACCUGUGUUUGCUGCCAUGGAUCAUUCCAGCUCGUUGAAAAAAGAGAUCGAUGAAUACGAACAGCUCAACAACGAGGCACGCGCGCUGGAGGAAUUGCGCAACAUGGAUCUGCUCCCGCUUUUGCUGGACUUGAUUGAGAAUCUCAAGGCAGGCAAGAUUUCUCCGAAAGACUUCGACAACGCGACAGGAAGAAUCAAAACAAGGCUGAACAAGUUCAGGUCGCUGCUGAACCAAAUAGAAGGCCUGGACGAGUCUACAGAGAGCCGGAUCCAGAAGAUGGAGGAGAUGAAGAAACGGAUCGGCGCGAAACAAGAGCUGUUGAAGCGGUUCAGUGAGGAGAUUGAGGCGAAGUUCGGCACGGGUAGGCCAAUCGCGGGCGAUAAAAUGGAAAUAGACGAGUAG